AUGGAGCUUCGAAGCUUUGCUGUCAGCGUCGAUCCUAGCAUCCAGGCGUCCGUCGUCUUGAUCCUGGGCAUUGGGGUCAUCCUGUGUUUUUGUCCUUCCCUAGUCCGUACCCAGAAUUUUCCGUCUUCAAUCAUCUGGGUUGGCCGAAAGAACCAAAUGUUUUCGGUGGUCAGGGCCUGUCUCCGCGAAUACACAGCGGGUCUAUCUACCGUGCUGGAUGGUUAUGAAAAGUAUUCCAAGGCAGGGAAGCCAUUCAUCUUGCCUGCCAUUGGAUUCGAUGCCCAGAUAGUUCUUCCUCCUGACCAUAUCAAAUGGCUCAUCGCCCAACCCAAGGAAAUCCUCUCAUCUCGAGCGGUCCAAUCCGAAAAGGUGGGAAUCAAGUACAUUGCCCCAAACUUUACCUUCAACUACGACCAUGCCCUGAUUGAGGCGCUCCGGGUCGAUAUGAUCCGAAACAUGGGGAGAGUGCAGAGUGAGCUGGUCGACGAGAUACGCGCGGUGGUCGAUGAGACAUUGGGAACCGAUAAGACGUCCUGGAAAGAAGUCAACGUCUUUGAUGCCAUGCAUAUGAUCGUCUUUCGAGCAAGCAGCCGAGUCCUCUACGGACGAGACCUGUGCCACAAUGACCAUUUUAUCCAAAGCUCCCUCCGCCUUGCCACUUGGUUUGGGCUCGGGAUCAUGGUAGUCGGCCAGGUUAUGCCUUGGCCGUUGCGAAGAUUCGUAGGGUCCGUCAUAGCCAUCCCCAUCGCGUACUAUCGGAGGCAAUGCACCAACCACCUGUGGCCCCUUCUGGCCGAGCGGUUCGAGAAGAUGAAACGCAAGAAGCUGGAUCCCGGCUUUGAAUACAGCCCGCCAGGUGAUAUGAUCACAUGGAUGACCCGCACGGCGAUCGAUAUGAAGGAUCAAACCAUCGAAAGUCCCAAGCCGGUAGCGAGCGUGUUUACCAUGGUGAACGCCGGGGCCAUUUCCUCCAGCGCAGUCACCGCAACCCACUUGUUUCUCGAUCUCCUGGGCUACGACUCGGAUCUCGAAUACUACCAUGCCCUCCGUCAUGAGGCAGAGGCUGCGUUCGACUCUCCCGAAGCUUGGUUGCAGCCGUCCAGAUUCUUCGACCUCCAUCGGACAGACAGUACAGUCCGGGAGACGCUCCGACGGAGCCCGAUGACCAACCGGGGCUUGGCCCGACAGGUGAUGCCCCCAGACGGCGUGACGCUGCCAGAUGGCCAGCAUCUCCGGCAAGGAACAUGGAUCGGCGUGGCGGUUCCGGGCAUCCACCGCGACGAGCGAUUCUACCCAGACCCGGACGCGUACCAGCCGUUCCGAUUCGCGCCCGAGCAGACGGAGCAGCAGGGGUCGAACAACGGGGACCACAAACGCACUCUGCUGGUGACCACCAGCGACACCUUUUUGUCUUUUGGCCAUGCGCGUCGUGCUUGUCCCGGUCGGUGGUUCGCCUCGCACGUCCUGCAGCUGCUCCUGGCGUACAUCACCGUCCACUACGACGUGCAGCCACUUGGCAAGCGGCCAGCCAAUGCGGUCUGGGGAGAUCACCUUGUGCCUCCGACGGGUACGAAGAUGAAGGUUCGCCGACGGGAAGUGAGACAGUGA